ACUCCUACAAUAAGGAAUUGGAGAUGCGGUCUUCGGUCUUCUGUGCGCUCUGGUGUUCGCUGCUCGUCCAAGCAGCGCGCGGUGCUAACUGUGUGUUUAAUAUGCCUGUCUCGCCCGGCGCGUUGCCCCAGACACUGUGUGCGCCACGAAUCCCCACCUCCACCCCGACGAGCGCACGGGAGGGAGGAAUAGAAAAGGGUUAGGGGGAGUCUUCGAUGGAGUCUGCGGGGCGGAGUGGAAGGGACGUGAUUGGGCGGCUGCGCGUGACGCAGGGGAGAUGAAAAAGCCGAUAACUAGUUAAGAAGGCAGUUUGUAACUCUGGAAAAAGAGUGCAGAGCUUGAGACACACAUUACGCAGAGGACGUGGACGAACCGGCGCGAACGCAAGGAGAGCUGAGCGGUCUUGGCAGUGUGCGGCUGUUCGACACUGCGGCGACUCGAGGCAGAGGGACAAUGGUGCAGCACACCGACACCAGCGAGACGGACGGGAGCAUGUCCAGGGAGGCCACGGACUCGGAGGAGAGUGAAUUUAUGGCAUGCAGCCCCGUGCCGAUAAACCCGGACUGGUGCAAGACAGCCACCGGCCACAUCAAGAGACCCAUGAACGCGUUCAUGGUCUGGUCCAAGAUCGAGAGGAGAAAGAUCAUGGAGCAGUCGCCGGACAUGCACAACGCGGAGAUCUCCAAGCGCCUGGGCAAGAGGUGGAAGAUGCUCAAGGACAGCGAGAAGAUCCCGUUCAUCCGAGAGGCGGAGCGGCUGCGGCUCAAACACAUGGCCGACUACCCCGACUACAAGUACCGACCCAAGAAGAAACCAAAGCUCGACGGCUCCAAGGCGUCGGCGCCGUCCCCGGAGAAGUGCGGCAAGGUGGCAAAGGCGCCCGGCAAGAAGUGCCCCAAGAGCAAGACGAAGAGCGGCUCCAAGUCCUCCCACGGCCACGGCGACGACUGCGUGUUCCCCGGCCUGAAGGCGACGAAGACCGCGAAGAGCGAGCUGACGGACGACGACGACGACGACGACUACGAGGACGACUACCGCAUGGGGAUUACGCGCGCCGACGAGGAGCGCCUGCGGCCGUGCAGCGUCGCCAAGGUGCCCGCGAGCCCCACGUUGAGCUCCUCGGCCGAGUCCGAGGGCGCGAGCAUGUACGAGGAGGUGCGCAGCAGCAGCAGCAGACUGUUUUACAACAUCAAGAACAUUACGAAGCAGAGCGCACUGCACGCGGCGUCGGUGCCGCCAGCAUCCUCCAGGUCGGUCUCCACGUCCUCCUCCUCCUCCUCCUCCUCCUCCAGCAGCUCCUCUUCUUCUUCUUCUUCUUCCUCCUCCGGCGAGGACGCGGACGAUUUGCUGUUUGACUUUAGUUUGAAUUUCGCCCCCAGCGCGCCCGGCUCGGAGCUGGGCAACCCCAAUUCAGGAAACCUGUCCCUGUCUCUCGUGGAUAAGGACCUGGACUCUUUCAGCGAGGGCAGCCUGGGCUCUCACUUUGAGUUCCCAGACUAUUGCACGCCGGAGCUCAGUGAGAUGAUCGCCGGGGACUGGCUGGAGGCGAACUUUUCCGACCUGGUCUUCACAUACUGAGUUCACAAACAGCAAAAACAACAACAACAAAAAGAAAGUUCCUAACAGAGUAAUGGCAGAGAGGGGAGCGGUGACAUGACACCCGUGUCCCGGUCCAGUUGUCCCCCGGCCCUGCCUCCCCCAGGGUCCUGGAGGGAGGAGGCGAGGAGAGGUUUGAGGAAUGAGAUGCUCGUGAAGCUGGUAGCAGCAGCAGCAACAACAACAACAACAACAACAACAACAACAACAAACAAAAACUAAAGAAAAAAAAGAAAGUCUGCAGACGCUUUUUUCUCUGGCAGCAUGACAGGGUUUUAUGGAUUUUUUCCCCCUCGUAGGUCUGCAUUUACUGCUCAGCUUCAACGGACCACAAAAGGGAAAAACUCGUGAACUUCUAUGCAUCUUAUCCUCUUAAAUCUAAAAAAAAAAAAACCAACAACCACCAACAACAAC